AGGCGGGGGCGGGACUACUGCUGACAGGUAGAAUCUCGGAAGAUAAUACGCUCGGUUUUGUUGGAAAAAGUUGGCAGUGUGGCGAAAGUAGAGGACCGGGGAGUCUAUAAUUCACCAGUGUUAUAGAUUUCGCACAGGAGAAGCCAUGUCUGUCCAUUUAUAUAACAUGAGCACAAAAUUGCUCUCAGAAACUGUAGAAAAGAUGACCAAUAACGCAACCUCCGUACUGCUAGCUAUUUCUGUUAUUACAUUGACCCUGGGAUACAUCUCCAAAACUCUGCUCAAAAAGACUCCUGAUGCAGAUAAGAGAUAUCCACCUUAUAUCCCCUCUACGCUUCCAUUUUUGGGUCAUGCCAUUGCAUUCGGGAAAAGUCCAAUAGAAUUCCUUGAAAAUGCGUAUGAAAAGUAUGGACCUGUCUUCAGUUUUACUAUGGUGGGGAAAACCUUUACGUACCUGUUGGGAAGUGAGGCAGCUACACUCAUGUUCAACAGUAAGAAUGAGGACUUGAACGCCGAAGAUGUCUACUCCAAACUCACAACUCCAGUGUUCGGAAAAGGGGUCGCCUAUGAUGUCCCAAAUGCUUUGUUUUUGGAGCAGAAGAAGUUACUGAAAACAGGACUGAACAUUGCUCAUUUUAAACAACAUGUGAAGAUAAUAGAAGAAGAGACGAUCGAGUAUUUCAAGAGAUGGGGAGACAGCGGAGAAGGAAAUUUGUUCGAGGCCUUAUCUGAGCUGAUCAUCCUCACCGCCAGCAGCUGUCUCCAUGGUAAAGAAAUCCGCAGCAUGUUGGACGAAAAAGUGGCUCAGCUCUACGCUGACCUGGAUGGAGGGUUCAGUCACGCUGCCUGGCUCCUCCCCUCCUGGCUGCCCCUCCCCAGCUUCAGGAAACGAGACAGAGCACACAGAGAAAUCAAAAACAUUUUUUUCAAAGUGAUUCAGAAGCGGAGACAGUCAGAAGAGAAAGUGGACGACAUCCUGCAGACACUCAUAGACGCCACCUACAAAGAUGGGCGCCCCCUGACAGAUAAUGAAAUUGGAGGGAUGUUGAUAGGACUGCUGUUGGCUGGGCAGCACACCUCCUCCACCACCUCCUCCUGGAUGGGCUUCUUUUUGGCCCGGGACAAAUCUCUUCAGGACAAAUGCUUUGCUGAACAGAAGGUUGUGUGUGGAGAAGACCUGCCACCCCUAAACUUUGAUCAGCUGAAAGACCUCAGUUUGUUGGAGCGCUGUUUGAAAGAAACUCUGCGCCUUCGUCCUCCCAUUAUGACGAUGAUGCGGAUGGCUCGUUCUGUCCAGACAGCUGCAGGUUACACUAUCCCUGUGGGUCAUCAGGUCUGUGUUUCCCCAACUGUGAAUCAUCGUUUACAUGAUACUUGGGAAGAACGACUUGAAUUUAACCCUGAUCGCUACCUCAAUGACAACCCUGCUGCUGGGGAGAAGUUUGCCUAUGUCCCAUUUGGAGCUGGUCGUCAUAGAUGCAUUGGUGAAAACUUUGCCUACGUUCAAAUUAAAACAAUCUGGUCCACGAUGCUGCGGCUGUACGAGUUUGAUCUUGUCGACGGAUACUUUCCAACAAUCAACUACACAACAAUGAUCCACACGCCUCACAAUCCCAUCAUUAGAUACAAGAGGAGGAAACUCUGAGAGACACUGUUUCAAUCAAAAGAGAAAACGUACAACCUGUGUUGAAUAUAUGCACUUUGUUCAAAUGAAUGACUGCCCCAGCCUUAGACGUUGAGCUUUCAAAUUAAUGCUGUAAUACAUUUCUUAUAAGGGCCUUUUAAAGAACCCUCAUGUUGGAACAGAAAAUAGAAUAAGCAAUCACAAAAGGAUAUGAUAUUAUACUGAUGAUUUUUACAUAUUAAUUUGACAGUGGUCACCAUUUUAUAAUUAAAAGUGCACUAUGCAACUUUUGUGUUGAGGGUUUGCUAGCAAUUUUUUUCUCUGUAAAUGAUAUUGCUUUGCUUAGAAUAUUCCAUAGUAUGUCAUUAAAGUAAUAUUGCACUUUUCAGAUGUUUACCUUGAAAAACAUGUAUUCGAACUGAGGGUCAAUUCUCCACAGAGCUGACCUGUAACUUGGCCUGGUGACAUCACCCGCUUGUUUCCGCAGAAAUAACUUUAAUGCCAUACUGUGGAACUUUAUGACAAAGCAAUCUCUGGAAUGGAGUCAAAUGGGUAGCGUACACUCCACCAGAAAUGUUACAUAUUGCACCUUUUAAUAAUAUAAUUGUUAUAUUUUUAUUUUUUCUGAACAACACUGUUUUUGUAAAUUCACAUCUUAUUUUUGUAUUAUUGGAGUACUUUGUGUUUUGAAACGGUCAUAAUUAGGAGAUGUCUUGUUUCCAGAUGCAAAUAAACAAAUAUUCGAAAACCUUUU